AUGCAAAUGGCUUGGCAAAUUUUAUUUAUUUUUGCACUCAGCAUCGUCAAAGAAAAUUAUGCAACCCCCGCCAUUCGACCCCAGUCCCAACGUGGUAUUAUUUAUCCCCAAGAUAAUUGGGAUGAUUGUUUUGUGGAUGAUGCAUCUCGUGUUGCCGGUCAGUGCAAAAGUGUUGAGGCCUGUCCAGAAGUGUUAACGAAAUGGCAAAAAGAGAAAAUCUAUCCGAAAACCUGUUAUUUUAUUAAAAAGGAACAAUUUGUAUGCUGUCCAUUGGAAAGCAUGGCAGCCAGUACCAUGGAAGCAAUAACCAUAAGAACAACACGAGCUACUACAUCUGGACCAAGUCUAUUAGAAUUGACUGGUCUGAGGCGUAGUGAUUUGGAAUGCGAUCUGAACACAAGAGUACAAUCCACAAUUGUCCAUGGCACACCAGCCAAUCCAGAUGAAUUUCCAUUUAUGGCCGCCCUGGGAUGGAACUCGAAUUUUGAUGACAAACCUUGGUAUCGAUGUGGUGGGGCGGUAAUAUCUCCUAAAUUUGUACUAACUGCCGCCCAUUGCGCUGAAAUAGGAGGAGAAUUUCCUAAUGUGGUACGCAUAGGUGGCUCCAAUCUGACAGAUGCCUCAGUCCGAGAUGUGAAAAUAAAACAAUUUAUAAAACAUCCACAAUACAAUGCUACAACAGUAUAUAAUGAUAUAGCUCUUAUAGAACUGGAAGAGGAAGCAAAAGACGUCUAUGCCCCCUGUUUGUGGUCGGAGGAAGCAAUAAUUUCUGAUAAUGUCGUUGCUGUGGGUUAUGGCCAUACCCAGUUCGGUGGAAUUGCUUCGGAUCAAUUACUCAAAACGGAUUUGAAAAUUGUACCCCAUAAUGAAUGUCAGCAAUUUUAUGCGGGAAAUUCUGAGGCUGCACCCAAUGGCAUCGCCCCGACUACCCACUUAUGUGCCGGUGAUCCCGAACGUCUGCGUGAUACAUGUCAAGGAGAUUCAGGUGGUCCGUUGAUAUUGGAAAAAAUUACCGGUAGCUAUAAACGUGCAUAUGUUGUUGGGGUUACAUCGUUCGGUUUGGGUUGUGCCGGUGAACCACCAUCGAUUUACACUCGUGUAUCUUCGUAUUUAGAUUGGAUAGAGAGUAUUGUAUGGUCCAAUGCGAUAUAG